AUGAUGUUAAUUACACAACAGCCCGGCUUCGACGGGUUAACGAGAUUGGCCAGGGAUGGCAAUUUAUGGGUCAAGCUAAGCGCGCCGUACCGCAACAGUGAGGACAAACCAGGCUACUAUGAUGCCAAAAGUCUGGUCCGCGCAUUCAUGGAUGCGAACAAGCAUCAAGUAAUAUGGGACAGUGACUGGCCGCACAUAUCACGGAUGAAGAUGCGCUUUCAAGAGGAGGCAAUGAAAGAGCCGUCAUAUCUCGAGGUGGAUGAUGCGGCCUGGCUUAAGAGCCUGAAGUCAUGGCUCUCAGCCGAGGAAUGGGGUCUCAUGAUGAUUCGUAACUCGACCCGUCUGUUUAGACGAUAA